CAUCGUGAACUCGAAUCACAGCGAGCAGAACGAGAACGUCAAGAGUUCGAUCGCCUUGAAAGGGAGAGAGCAGUUCGCGAGAAAGCCGAAUUGCAACGGCGUGAGGAAUGGGAAAGACUCGAGAAGGAACGACGAAUGUUGGAAGAGAGAGAAUUGGAGAAACGUAGAGCACUAGAGAAGGAUAGACUGGAGAGAAUACGGUAA